GUCACAAGCACGAACAGCUGAUCCCCCAGUCGUCAACUAUGCGCCAGGAGUUGACAACACAGCACGAGUUUCACCUUGUUGUGAGCCGAGUUUAGACACGAAGACAUCCUCCACAUCAACAACACCACCAUCCCUCUGAGAGAUGCCGAAGUACUGCUCAGCCCUGAACUGCAAGAAUGACUCUGGAAACGGACACGACAGGAAAAGCUUCUAUAAGUUCCCCCUGCAGGACCCGGUGCGUCUGCAGCAGUGGCUGAGGAACAUGGGCCGUGAAAACUGGACUCCCUCUCGACACCAGUAUAUUUGCCACGAACAUUUUGCACCUUCGUGCUUCAAGGUGCGAUGGGGGAUACGUUACCUGGAGAGUGAUGCUGUACCGACGAUCUUCCAAGAGGCAGAGAAACGGAAAGCCUCAGAUGCGGAUGAAAAGAAUACAAAACGUUUCAGAGCUGAAGGCAAUCAAAGCAUAACGGCAUCAGAUGACAGGACAGCGGCUGUGGACGCUGUAGAUGUGGGAAGUCCUCUGCACACCCUGCACCUGUAUGAGAUCACUGUUGACCCGGCGCAGCAGAGAGAAACCGGCCUGGUGGAGAUGAGUGAUGUUGGAGAACCUCACUGUUCUCUCCAGACUGAAUCAGUGAACCAGUUUCAAAUGAAGGCAAACUUCCCUUUAACUUUGUUCCAGACAGUAGAUGAUCUGAGUAACAGUGGAGGGAACACAGAGGUGGUGGUGAUGUCCGAAUGCUCGGCCGGUGAAGGGCAAGAUGAGCUUGUGAAUGGAAUCACUGCUGCCAUGUUAACUCAGGGCCACAGGCUGGUCGUGAAUAACUCAGAUGAGACAGUGGCCUCUCUCCGUGUUGAAGAUGUGACUCACACCACAGAGGAGUUCUCAGACAUCCAUGACGGCAACGAAACUCAAGUCAUCGCCUACUUUGAGACGAUACCGAACGUUUUCCCCAGUGAGUUAUCCACUCGCUUCGCCCUCUCUCCUGACACAGUGCUGUCGUCCGCUCUCAGCUCCAAACCCAUCACAUCCACUCUGCCGAUAGUGUCCAAACACACGCCGCCUUCUCCCACGUCUCUCGUCCUCACAAUGCAGAGACUGGACACCGAAGAGGGAGAUGACCAGUCUGAGGAGGAGAGUGGGGACCUGCAGGAUCACCAGCUGGAGGAGCACUGCUACCACAAGAACAGUUUGAGUAAGGAGCAGCUGGAGGCGAUCGUGGUGGAGCUGCAGAAGAAGGUGAAAGUGCUGCAGCAGCGACACAGACGACACCUGGAGAAACUUCUGGGACUGGAGAACACGGUGAGCCAGCUGAGACAGAACAACCUGCUGAAUGAAGAGAGACUGCAGCUGCUGGAGAGGGCGUACAUACAGACCAGUACAGCCGUGUCAGACGUAGGUGAGGCUGUGGCCAUCAUCUACGAGGAGGAGGACGGUGCAUUCUUGUACACACCACUGAACAACUCGACUGAAAAGCUGUGAGGCCUGACUGACUGCUCGUCCCAUCUGUGUGACACGGCUAACGCUGUAGAGAACAAAACCCCUACAUGAAUUCUGUUUUCUUCUCCUUUAACUUCACACAAACAUGAAUGAGUAAUGUGGGAGAAAUGAUGAAUGUGUUUUUUAUGAUUUACUCCCUCUCCCCCAUCUUUCCUGUCUUCAACCACUUUUUGAAUGUCUUUGUUUGGAAUAAUGUCAAAAUAAAAUUAAACAACUUCUA